AUGAGGUCACCGGACGCAGCGUUCAUCCGCGCCCGGGCCAAGGCACCAUUGCCCGAUCUUCUGGCGCUGCACCUGUCCGACUCAGACAUCGAGUGCAUCAAGCAUCUAGAACUGUGUAAAAGCCUUCGAUCUCUCUACUCGGACAGCAACCAAAUUAAAGACAUCGAAGGCAUUAUCGAGCUGCGGAAGCUGUGGCGAAUUGAUUUCAAUGGAAACCUGCUUAAGAACCUCCACCCGCUAGCGUCUUUUCGGGCAUUGGGCUUUGUGCAUCUUGAGCGAAAUCGAAUUUCCUUUGAAGAUUUGGUGUGUAUUCGAGACGUGCAUUUGCUGGAGGUGCGCUUGGUUGGGAACGCCGCUCUGUUCAAAGACAACACGGUUGAUGAGUAUCGAAAGAAGGUGGUGGCGCUGCUACCAAAUGCGUGGGUUUUGGAUGGUCACUUCAUCUCGACAGCUGAGAGAAGACAAGCGGUUGAGGAAUACGACGAGUUUGUUACUGCGCUACUCGAACUUUCCAAGAGAUCAGUUGCAAAGGGAAGCAAGUUUGGCUCGGCGUCGGAUGUGUGGGUGGAAUCUGAAGCCACUGCGAAUAACUCAGUUGAAUUGAACUGCAGUGCAAACUUGAUCGAUAUAGCUCACAAGAUAUCUCCACCAGAAGAACUCCCGGAUCUUAGGAGACUUCAGGCAGUGGUUUCAUUCCACAAUGCUGAAAGCGCCAUCCACAAUACCCACAGUCACUUUGCGCCUUCUCGACAUGCUCCAAACGCGCGAUUAAUGCCAAAGAUCUGGAUGGACGAGAUUCUAGCACUCCCGCGACGUACAAGACUCGAAGUGAUCGUCCUUAUUGCUACAUUCCUCGAGUUUCGCUAUCCUCAAGUACUGUUGUCAGAAGCAUUGACAAUACGCCAGCUCGACAGUCCACAUUUCCCGUCAGAUGCCAGCCGAGAUACUGCCAAUCUUCCCACGUACGCAAUGGUAGCGCUUAUUGCUCUCGCUCGGCAGUUUUCACCUGCAACGCAACAAUUUCAAGACGAAAGCGAGAUGUUGGCUGCUAUCCCGCCGCUGUUUGAAACUCUUCUCAGCUCGAAAGGAGCUACUACGAAUGCUGUCGAUGACUCAAAACUGCAAGCCACAGCAUUGCGGUGCAAACGCGAAGCGGUGAUCCGUGAGAUGAUGCCACUUAUUCGUGCUGCCGAAUCUGCACCCGCAACCAGCAGAAAGCCAAAACCAGGAGAUUGGGUGGAAGUCUAUCUGAAGCAGUUCGUGCGGAUUCAGUUUUUGUCUGCCGAUGGACUGUUUGUCGUAGGAGCGCUGCCCACGGACGCGUCUCGGACGAUCACAAUUUCGGCCGAGCAAAUGUCACGGAUCUCCAGCACCGUGUGGCGU